AUGAUCAUUUCGUCGGAAUGCGAAAUUGGGAUAUCCCAAAUGCUAGGAUUGUCCACGAUUCCAAUUACGAACCUGACAGGAAUGAAUGGCAACAAUGACUAUACAGCAACAAUACAAAUUUCAACACCAGCUAUCACACCAGCUACAAAUACAAUUCCACCGAUUGACAAUAUUGUCACUGGUGGUAGCAGUUGCGGUCAGAGUAGUGGUUCACGGGUAAAUAUAAGUGGUACACGUGCUGUUGUUGGUGCUAUCACUUCAGUAAUUAGAGAUGGAUUUGAGGAAGCGUGA